AUGCCUCCUCCGCUCAAGAGAUCCUGGAGUAGCACAAGCCGAUCCAUCAGUCCGCCCGCCAUUCGCAGAAAGAUUUCACCUCCUGCCACACACGUGGCCGACCACGUUCAUAUCUUCAGUUGGAAUGUGAAUGGCGUCGGCCCCCUGCUUCAGAAACAGUUUUCGUUCAACCCCGGUUCUCUGUCGCCCCUCAGACUAUUUUUGAAACGCCACCACUGGCCACAGUUGCUGUGUUUACAAGAAGUCAAGAUCAGCUCCAAGGAUGCCGCCACCCAGAGGCAGCUGGAACAUGCCGCAAACCAAGGACAGGCCAUGGAUGAGCCCACCUACAAAGUCCACUUUUCCUUGCCAAGAGACAAAUACAAUGCCACAGGGUUCGGCGGAAAGGUCCAUGGAGUUGCCACCUUGGUGCGAAACGACUUCGCUGGCAAAAUCCGUGUCACCCGCCGUCCCGACUGGGACCUGGAAGGGCGGGUGCUGAUACAUGAGCUGGAAGGUGAUGUCGUGGUGAUCAACGGAUACUGGGUGAAUGGCACGUCAAAUCCAUAUCGGAACCCCGUGACGGGCGACGUUACCGGCUCUCGACACGAUCAUAAACUACGCUUUCACCAACGUACGCUGGAAGAGGCCGUUCAACACCAGGAGAAAGGGCGGCAUGUUAUCCUCGUUGGCGACAUGAACAUUGCCCGAGCUAGAAUCGAUGGUUACCCAAACCUACGGACGUCUCCUGUGCAGCACGUAAAGAACCGGGCCGAUUUCAAUGCCAAGUUUUUCACGGACGACAAGGGCAUGCAUGGCAUUGACAUCUUCAGGCACUUGCAUGGUGAUACCAAAAAGUACACCUAUCACCCGCGUGGGAGACGCUGGGGUGAAAGCUGUGACCGGGUGGACCUGAUCGUCGUAAGCCGGUCGUUGGUGGAUAAGGAUACAGCCGUAACCGGUAGCGAUAUUUGCGACUCUCCUCUGGAUCGAGGACAUAGCGACCAUGUUCCUCUCUGGAUCUCGGUCGACAUGUCGAAGCUGGAUCAACAACAAAGCACACCAGAGCCAGACAAGAAGGGGUAA